AUGGAAAUAAUCGAUGACAUCUAUUCCUUUGCCUGGAUGGUCUUUGUGCCAACCCAAUCACCAUACCAAUACCAGGUCCAACAACAACAACAGCAAUCACAACAACAAAUCAAUCAUCACAAUUACCUACAUUAUAAUCAGUCGUCAUCUUCAUCGUUGGCUGGCUCCAAUAGUGUCUGGCCAUUAUGUAUCAUAGCAUUAUUACUGUACAUUAUAUAUCGCCGCGAGCGCCUACUAUCUCACUACUCCUCCACAAUCAAGGAAAUACUGCACCUAUCACCACCCGACUUGAUGUUCAUCGAGAUCAGCUUUGACAAUCUUCACAGCAUUGUCAAGACCUUCUUGGCAGGUGGCAAUGGCUGCUCUGCUGUCCGCGGCACCUCAUCCGACGCCGAGGUUGCCAGCCAGACGCACAUUGGUACCUUUUGCUCUCAACUUGGUUUGGACCCAGUCACACUGGAGCAGGAGUUGCUCAAGUCAUCUUUGGUUAGCGGACAGGGCGGCACGGUCAUUGUCAAGACCUCUUGCGACAAGAAGUUUAGAUUCACUGGCACUUUCGACUCGGCCAGUCGCUCGUUCAAGGGCGUCGUCGUGGACAUCACUCAGCAGGAGUUGGAGAUCAAGCGAUUGAAGCAUAGCCUCACUCACGACCCUUUGACUGGCCUCCAGAACAGGUACCAGUUGACCAACAAGAUACAAAAGUUCUGCUCGGGUGUCAGUGAUGGAGCUGCGGUCAGUGCCCUGUUCUUCCUUGAUGUCGACAAGUUCAAGUUGGUCAACGACACUUAUGGACAUGAGAGCGGAGACGCCCUGCUGAAGAACCUUUCGACUCGUCUUCAGCAGUACCAAUGCAAUGACUGCAUGCCAAUUCGUUUGUCUGGCGAUGAGUUCCUCAUCGUAGCCAGGAACAUCUCUUCGGUGGAGAGCGCCGACAGCUUCAUCCGCGAGUACAUCCAGCAGUUGACUGCCACUCCCUAUGCACUGGGCGGCAAUGUCAACAUCCAGAUUUCAAUCAGCUAUGGAGGAGUGAUCUUCCAAAAGUCCGAUCAUGAAUGUAUGGAUUUAAUCAUCAAGAAUGCCGACGAUAAGAUGUACCAGAUGAAGAGAAGCCGUUGUGAAUCGACUACCAUCAGCUACUUUGUCAAAGACAAGCAGCAGCUGAAUCCAUGUUGUAUUAUAUGA